AGCAAGCAGCAAAUCUGCCCAAAUUUUAUUUUGUACAAUUCUGUCAAAAGUGUCAGAAAUCCGCGUUAAAAAAACUGGCGAAUUCCGAAAUCCGCAUGAAAUAAUUUCGUUGAAAGCAACUUAAAGUGUAUAUAAACAUUUAAGUAUUUUCUAUUUCGUGGCAGUUCAAGGGUUGAAUUUGUGACAGUUGAUCAAUGUUUCAUGCUACCGGUGCUAUCAAAACCUCACCUUGUUUCUAACUGGAAAACGUUCUUCCUCAAUUCGAUUGUUCUUGACGCAGAUUUUGUUCGAAGACAUAAAUAUUAUUUAGGUAAACAAACGAAAUACGCAGAAUCUUGUGUUAUGCAAAUACAUAUAAAAAAGCUAGGUGAAUUUCACUUGUCGUAAGUUUGAAUUAUCAUUCGCAAGGGUAUCCUUUCUAAGUGCCGGUUACAUUUGUGUACAUGCAUUAAAAGAGAGAAGCAAACAUCGUCACGGUAAUCAACAAGAGGAACACCAAUACGCGGCGCACAAAUCCCAACAAAGGACUGAUAAGGAACGAAAGCAUAGUGCCAAGCAACAGCUGCUAAGUUAGUCUUGUUGAACUCGUCAGUAAGUUUCCAUUUGUGCCGCUCUGCAAGGAUCCACUGCCUGUUAGAGAAUGUAAUCUUAUCGCUUACUGGACGCGAACGUGGCUCACAACCCUUAUCAGCUAGUCGAAUCCCGCAAAGUACACGACACAGAAAGAUAAUCUGGGAGAAAAUUGCUUUCUUCCACGCAUCCCUAUACCGCGCCCAGUUCCAAAAACAGGGAACUCUAAACUGUUCGGGAAUUUAUACUUCAUGAGCGGAGAUUUUCGAUGUUACAGGCAAUUCAUCUCGGACGAACUGUUGUUGCAGGUUGUAGCAAUGUGGGCCAAAGUAUUAUAAAGUCACGACCGUUCGGUACGAACCCGAAGGCGAAACUGCGACGAGUGCUGGUAGUGUCCAAGCUAACCCGGUUGGAGUUCGAAAAAACUCGCGAUCAGUCGCUUAGCGAUGAAAAGCUGGAGGACAAAAUUCGCGGCCGUGGGUCCGACUAUGAUGCCAUGAAAUAUUAUCAUCACCUGCACAAAGAUGUGGAAACUGAAGUGGUUCAAUCCUUUCGAAAGCAGGGUAUUGAGGUGAAAGUAGCUAACCGUUUGACUAUCAACAAUGAUUUCCUCAGGUGGGCCGAUAUGGUAGUUCCAAUCGGAGGCGACGGUACUUUUUUGCUUGCAGCCGGACGUGCAAGUCCCUUCAUCCUGGAUAAGGGCAGGCGGAUUCCGGUAGUGGGCUUCAACUCGGACCCUCGCCGAUCUGAAGGGCGGCUUAUGCUGCCUAAAUAUUACUCGACUAAUGUAGACGAAGCAGUCACACGCAUUUUAGACGGAAACUUCAACUGGAUGCAGCGAUCUAGAAUAAGGAUAACGUUAGUUGGUAAUAACACCUCAGAACGCCCACUGCCAAUCGAUUUGCAUGAGUAUAAUGUGUCGCCAGUUGAGCAUGAAGAUAUUUUACCUUUCGAAGAAUCUAAAUCAUCUGAGUACAAAAGCAGUAAUCGAAUUCUCCCGCACUUAGCAUUAAAUGAGGUAUUCAUUGGGGAAAUGCUGUCGGCGCGUGUAUCGCACCUGCACUUGCGAAUCGAUAAUUCCGACGUGACUACAAAAACGAAAAGCUCGGGAUUGUGCGUCAGUACUGGCACUGGUUCGACCUCGUGGCUCACGAGCAUGAACCGGCUGUCGGCUAGUAGCGUGCGGGAUCUGAUCGAAAUCAUCAAGCGACACUCCAGGACGGGCGUCCUGGACGGCAUUGAUCCGGAGGUGAUUUCCGAUGAGUACAAUCGCAAUCUGGUCUUUCCAACCGACGAUCCCCGGCUGUGCUACUCCAUCCGAGAGCAAAUCUGCGUUGGCGUUUGGCCCAACCCAAAGGGACUCGAAUCGAGGGGCUACGCUAAACAGAUUACGGUGAAGUCCAGGUGCAUCGAUGCAAGCUUAGUGAUAGACGGUAGUAUUGCGUACAACUUCAACGAUGGAGCAAAGGCGCUGCUGGAGGUCUACCCGGAAGAUGCGCUGUUAACGAUAGAUAUGAAUUAAGCUGCAACGAUGUUGCUGUUUCUGUUUAUAGUUAAGUUUAUACAAUAUAAGAAGUGGAAAGUUAUCUACGGAUCGUUUGACGACAACAUUGGCAGCUGAUAACAAAAAUUUAGUGCUGCGUGCAUGCAAAAAGUGUGUACUAUGUAAGUUAUUGUUAGCUAUUUUUACGAAAAUAUGCAUUUAUUUAUGGAAU